UUAUGGUGACAGUCUAGCAGCGUGUGAUCCACGUGCGUUCGAGAAAAUGUUUUGUUUACAUACAGCACAGUACGGCUGAUACAACCAAAACGCUCCCACAAUGAACAACUUUACCGGCUUUACCGAUUUGUGCAUUCCCGAGGCCCGAGCUGAUGUGCUGGAACCAAUCAUACGGGAAGCGAUUGAGUUAGGAUAUCGCAAUCUUGCCAUCGAACAAAUAAUCGACGUUACAACAGAUGCAAAUGCCGCAAGCAAACAAGAUGUUGUACCGAAACCUUAUUGCUUGAAAAAUUUAAAGGCCUCUUUCGGGGGACAGAUUCGUUUUUUCAACCGGUUGACUGUUAUCUUUAGCGAUGCAUCCGUUUCGUUGGUGCUGAACAAAUCAAAUAACAUUCGAUGCUAUAACCUGAUAGCAGCUCUGCCAACAACCCUGAGCGGCCUCCAAUACGCUUGCCAAACGAUGGUUUGUGAUAUCAUAACGCACAACAGCAGUACGAAUCCUUUGCGAUUGGCUCGCAAAUAUUACUACCUAGCUGUCGAACGAGACAUUGCAUUUGAGCUGAAGUACGCUCCAACCAUAGUGGACUCGAGCGAACGGAAAGCCACCAUCGGUCGUGCUCAUCGGUAUCAUUCUGUUGGAAAGUCCAAAAAUGUGAUCAUCUCCAGUGAGGCAAAGAAUCCGUUCCAGCUAAGAAGUCCUUACGAUUUAGCGAACCUUGGCCUUAUUUUUGGGCUUAGUGAAGAACAAUCGAAAGAAUCGAUCCGGGGUAUUCCGAACAAGAUACUGCUUUCCGCUGAAUCUCGAAGAUUCGGAAAGGCGGGUGUAAUUAUUGCACGGCGCAUAAAAUCUGCCGAGGAUAGUGACGAUUACUCUGAUUCUGAGCUGGAAGAGGAUAUCAGUGACGACGAUGAAAACGAAGAUGAAGGAACCUUCGAGGAUGCUGACAUGGAUGACGGCAAUGGAACAGACGAAGAAAAUGAUGAGAAGGAACAGCCCCCGAAAAAAAUGUCCAAACAUGAGAAAAUUAAAUAAAUACGUACAAGAACUUACUGCCGAAA